AUAAACUCCAAACACGGCCUUACUGUCGCACACACACUCAUAGAGUCACGAACACACUGUGCACAGAUCCAAAACAUCUCUCGGGGGAGAUCCCUUCAGACGCAAGCAUCAUGAAACCCCUAGCCAACGCGGAUCUACUCAAAAACCCUACACUCAUCAAGAUCUCAGCCUUACUCCUCCUCACCGUCGCUUCCUUCUACUUAGGCAAGCACUGGUCCAACGACUCCUACCACCAGCUCCUCUUCUUCUCCUCCUCCGCUACCUCCGGCACCUCGACCCCUAAGAUCUCCAUUUCCCCCAACAGUAACAAAACCUUCAAUCUAUCAGCGAUCAUCCCUUCCAAUCAAACCACAACACCGCCGAAUCCGAUUCCGAUUCCGUCGGUAGUGACGGAGACGGAGCCCAAUCCUCCUCCUCCUCCUCCGAUCCAGAGCUUCGGGGUUGUCGAUGAGAACGGCGCGAUGUCCGACGAUUUCGAGGUGGGGGAGGUCGAGAACGUGGAGGAUUGGGGGAACCAAACGGAGACCGUGGAAUCGGAAAGAGACGGCGAGUCUAAACCUAAUAGGUUUAGAAUCAAGAAGUUCGGGAUGUGUCCCGAGAGUAUGAGAGAGUACAUUCCUUGUUUGGAUAACGCUGAUGCGAUCAAGAAGCUUGAAUCUACUGAGCGUGGAGAGAAGUUCGAGCGGCAUUGCCCUGAGAAAGGCAAUGGCUUGAACUGUUUGGUUCCUCCUCCUAGAGGCUACCGUCAGCCUAUUCCUUGGCCUAGAAGCCGCGACGAGGUGUGGUUCAGCAAUGUUCCUCAUACUCGUCUUGUGGAAGACAAAGGUGGACAAAACUGGAUCUCGCGAGACACAAAAGACAAGAACAAGUUCAAGUUUCCUGGGGGUGGAACGCAGUUUAUUCAUGGAGCUGACCAGUAUCUGGACCAGAUGUCUAAGAUGGUUUCUGAUAUCACGUUUGGAAAGCAUAUUCGGGUUGCUAUGGAUGUUGGUUGUGGUGUGGCGAGUUUUGGCGCUUAUUUGCUGUCACGCGAUGUUUUGACAAUGUCUGUUGCGCCAAAAGAUGUCCACGAGAACCAGAUUCAGUUUGCUCUUGAGCGUGGUGUGCCCGCUAUGGCGGCUGCUUUUGCUACAAGGCGUUUGUUGUAUCCAAGCCAAGCUUUUGAUCUUAUUCAUUGUUCGAGAUGUAGAAUCAACUGGACCCGUGAUGAUGGAAUUUUGCUCCUUGAGAUCAAUAGAAUGCUGCGGGCUGGAGGAUAUUUUGCUUGGGCUGCACAACCUGUUUAUAAGCAUGAAGCUGCGCUGGAAGAACAGUGGACAGAGAUGCUGAAUCUUACGAAUAGCCUUUGCUGGAAACUGGUACAGAAGGAAGGAUACAUUGCAAUCUGGCAGAAGCCCCUCAACAACACCUGUUAUUUGAGUCGUGAGGCUGGAACCAAACAACCUCUCUGCGAUGAAUCUGAUGACCCCGAUAAUGUCUGGUACACAAACCUGAAACCUUGUAUCAGUCGCAUACCUGAGAAUGGAUAUGGAGGCAAUGUUCCUUCAUGGCCUGACCGUCUCCACACUCCACCUGAUAGGCUACAGACGAUCACAUUUGAUUCCUACAUUGCUAGGAAAGAGCUAUUCAAGGCAGAGUCAAAAUUCUGGAAUGAAAUAAUUGGGAGUUAUAUUCGUGCCAUGAAAUGGAAAAAGAUGAAACUAAGAAACGUCAUGGACAUGAAAGCAGGCUUUGGCGGAUUUGCAGCUGCACUAAAUGAUCAUAAACUCGAUUGCUGGGUUCUCAAUGUAGUUCCUAUCAGCGGGCCUAAUACAUUGCCUGUCAUUUAUGAUCGUGGACUAUUAGGAGUGAUGCACGACUGGUGUGAACCAUUUGAUACAUACCCUAGGACCUAUGACUUCUUACAUGCAUCAGGACUCUUCUCAGUAGAAAGAAAAAGAUGCGAGAUGUCGACCAUAUUGUUAGAGAUGGACCGGAUACUGAGACCUGGAGGACGAGCAUACAUUAGGGAUUCAAUUGAUGUUAUGGAUGAGAUUCAAGAGAUCACAAAGGCAAUGGGUUGGCAAACAUCUCUGCGUGACACAUCCGAGGGUCCUCACGCAAGUUACAGGAUUCUAACAUGCGAGAAGCGUCUCCUUAAGGCUUAAUACAAA